UUGAAAUAGGGUGAGCUGGAAUAGCGGGUCACUCUCAGUUGAAGGAUGGAGUGAGAGCGGGUGUGUUCUUCCCUUCGCCUGGACUGUGAGGGUCUGUGAGUCUCUGGACACCUAUAACGCGCAUCUCACGCAGCAUUUCUGUCUCCGCGCAGGAACACGACAGGCUGAUGCUGAUGGGCUUCUUGGGCGUUUGGGCUUUGUCCAUCCUGCUCGGAUCUUCCCUAUGGCUGGCUUAUGGAGUCCGAGCCAGUGCUGGAUCUGGAGCUACAGUAAAGGAGCUUCAGGAGGGACUUCAGCAAUAUGGAGGAGCUGAAAAUAAAGUCAAGCAAAAUGGGGGUCCGUGCAGGAGGGCAUACUGUGGCCGGGGUCGGGAGUGUGUGGUCAGGCAAGAAAUGGGCCGUGCCGAGUGUGUGUGCCAGGAAAGCUGCCACACUUCGUUUGUGCCCGUGUGUGGCUCUGACGGACGUUUUUAUGAGAACCACUGCGAGCUUUACCGCACUGCUUGCCUGCAGCAGAGGAGAAUCUAUAUGGUUCACAGCAAAGACUGCUUUUUCAAAGGAGACACGUGCACCAUGGCGGAGUACAACAAGCUGAAGAGCAUGCUGCUGGACAUGCAGCCCAGGACCUCCAUAGACGGGCAAGCAAACGCCAUGGACCAGAGGAGAAUCCUUGUGGACACAAUGUUCAAGUAUAUAGACAGAAACCAGGACGGCCGUCUGAGCAGUGAGGAGCUGGCAGAGAGAAUUUCUUUUGAAUCAAUACAUUUUCUGUCCAUUUGUUUACUUCAUCUUCCCAAACCUGGCAACCACGGCAUCAUCCUCAACUUCCUGGAUCUGGAGGAUAUAAAUGACUUUGGCGAUGACGGCUCGCUCUACAUUACUAAGGUGACUACGAUUCACAUGGGGAACUACAGCUGUCACGCAUACGGCUAUGAGGAGCUGUCCCAGACCCACGUGCUCCAGGUGAAUGUGCCUCCAGUAAUCCUGGUGUAUCCGGAGACUCAGGCCCAGGAACCCGGCGUCGCUGCCAGCCUGCGCUGUCAUGCAGAUGGUAUUCCAAACCCCAAACUCACCUGGCUAAAGAACGGCCUGGACCUGCAGCCGCACGGAUCCAAGCAGAUUUCACUUCUCGCUAAUGGCAGCGAGCUUCACAUCGGUAGUGUGCGUUAUGAAGACACUGGUGCUUAUACCUGCAUCGCUAGAAACGAGGUUGGCGUGGAUGAAGACAUCUCAUCUCUGUUUGUGGAAGACUCGGCACGAAAGACACUGGCCAACAUUCUCUGGAGGGAAGAAGGGCUCAGUGUGGGGAACAUGUUCUACGUGUUCUCCAGCGAAGGGAUCACCAUACUGCAGCCCGGCAACUGUGAGAUUCGCAGACGCAUCCCACGGACAGAGAAGAUUCUGGGUAGUUAUGCUGUGGAAACGGACGCCAUGCCCGUCAAACUCUUCUACGACAAAUCUCACGAUCAGCUGUGGCUGUUGAGCUGGAGAGACCUGCUGAAGUCCCGCUCUACACUGCAGGUGAUCACUUCUGCCAGCGCGGUGGAGCAGCGUCAGAUCAUCCGUACUCCAUUUGAAGGAGUGGAGGACUUCUACAUCCCUCCCACCAACCUCAUUAUCACCCACGUAAGGUUUGGCUUUGUCUACUUAAAAUCGGAGCCCGCGGUGCAUAAAAUUGACCUUGAGACCCUCCGUCUCGUCAAGACCAUCAGUCUGAAGAACUACAGCUGUAUCCCAGCCAGCAUGGCCUACACUCAUUUAAGCGGCUACUAUUUUAUCGAGUGCCAAGUCGAGGACCGUUCGGCCCCAAGCUCACAGCUUCUCAUCGACAGUGUAAGCGACGCGGUCAUUGGACCUAAUCCCAACAUCAACGGGCAGCCGUUCAUCUCUCCAGACGGCCGCUUCGUCGUCUCCGUGGAUAAGCAACACGGAAAGCUUCAAGUCCAGACCAUCUCCUUCAGCGGCGAGUUGCGGACCAGCCACGAAGCGGACGUCUCGAUUCCCCUCGCAGACUUGGAGUUUCAGCCGUCCUUCACGGAGGCCAACAAGUACAUGAUCGUGGCCUCUUCGGCGCAGGGCUCCAAGCUGGUUUUCGCGGACCUGGCUUCAGGAAGAACGAAAGCCCUCGAAGAUUUCAAGGAUCCUAUUCCAGCCAGCAGCUGGCCUUGGGGAGACGCCAACAGGGUGGUGGUCUCCAGCGGGGUGUUUGGACGCUACUUGGUCACGUCGUCGGCCGAGUCCCUGUUCGUUCUGGACGGCAAACAGAGCGGCCCUCACUGUGAGGUGUCAGACGUCAAGAGAGGGAACACAGUGGUCUGGGUGGGCGAGGUAUGAGCGGCGUACCGCGGGCCGGUUCUGCAGAGGAUUGAGUCGGCCGACUGGGCCAAAGCUUGGGAAAACCUUUAAGGGAUGCGACCGGACUCGAUCCUAGUAGUGAGUUAAACGAACACACAUGUGGGUUUCUGUAUAGGUACACACACAUACACACAUUCAACAACAAGAAACCUUAAACAACAAGGGAACGAACGAAGACACCCUUCAGUGCAACAGUGAACUAAUUUGAUGAUUUUUUGCACUUCCUUGUUAGCAGAAAUAGCGUUAAGCAGCAGACAGGUUAGGUAAUGACUGAACUAUGCACAAUGCUUUUUAAAAGUUUGAGUGUUUUUCUUUUUUUUUUUCUCAGUGAGUUCACUUGUUAUGUACAGUCACUGCAGGAAAUGUGUCCGUCAGUGUCAUGUCUCAUUUUUGUCAAUGUAGAAAACUGUGUUGUUUGCCUCAUCCCAGUGUUUCUGAUCACACAAUUCAACAGCUUUUAUUUUACAGUUAUUAGUACACUUCAUUAUAAUAAACACGUUACAGUAACAUUUUGCAUUUUCCUUUUUGUAAUGAGGUGAGUACUUUCUUCUCAUCCUCAGUGCUCUCUGUGUGUGUGUGUUUUUGUGGAGCUACACUUUGGGGACACCGUCGCCUCCAAACUUUUGCUAAAGCUAACCUCCCUUUGGGGACAACAUAUAGGACAAAUCCUAUAUUACAUAUUUGUUUUUUAAUUAAAUAAUUUAUUUUAGAAUUACGGUGUGUGUGUGUUGGUCAAGUUUUGAUCAAAUGUCCCCACCACAAGGAUAGUAAACCAUUGUGUGAAGCAGGAAAACGGUUUAAUAAACAUACUACAUAAUGUCUUAAUGAAAAUGUCCAAAUGCACAGGUUUGUGUAAAGGCAUAGGGGAUAGAAAAUAUCAUUAGCUCAGUUUAAAAAUAACAAAAGUCAAUGGAAACACCUGCCAUUAAAGAAAAAAGGUGUGUGUUGAUCUUCUUUUGGCUUUUUUGCAUUAAUUCUGUCUGAACGCAAACUUUAGUUUCAUUAAAGUAGUCCUACAUUCAUAUAUUACAUUCAAACACCCAGCUAAAGAAUGGAAUAGCAAAUAACAAUGAAAGAAAAGUAUAUUCUUGCUAAAUACAAAUAGAUGGGCAAUGAGGUCCACUGUGCUAGAUAAAAACUUAUCUGGUGCAUCAGAUGUUUGAAAGGCAACAGAAAAUAUUCAGUACAUUUAACACACAUGAACCAAAUUAGAGCACUGUUGCACUGAACACACUAUCAUCACUACUGAGACGACCGCAAGCACAGCUUUAAAUCGCCCUAUUUGAGACAAAAUGGCUAAAUUGGCAUUUCAAUGUGCUUUCAAGCUCAGUCAGAUAUGCAUGACUACAGUAUUACUUUAGAAAGCCAGAUGGUUAGACCUCAAUGAACAUUAAACUGGACACAGAUACGAUCAAUUUAAGGCCCAAACAAAUCUAAUUAAACUCAGUGGGCUAACAAUCGCUGAAUAAAUGUGCUCCGCAUACAGUAUAUUAACUAUAGAGUGAUUUGAGUUUGUGUCCUUUAUGUCUGGCUUUUAAAGGGAUAGUUCACCAAGAAAUCAAACUUUGCUGUUAAUGUGCUCACCCUC